UCAUGACGACACGCCCCAGGAACGCGCCGACUAGCUGAACGUGUUAUUGGAGUUCGCUAAAAGCGUUUCCUCUGUGCGGUCGAGCUGGUCAACCGACGCCGUGACGUCAUAGGCGGUGCGGCGGAGACAACGUACGAUACGCCGGUGUGGCGGAACGGCGGCUGGGAAGUGUAGCCGCCGUAUGGAGCAGUAAUCUACGGGGAAGAUGUUGGUUUAUUCUGCUGUACCAGAAAGGGGCAAACCUAUUGUGAGAAAUAGGGAGCUUGAAGUAUAGCAGCAGACAUGGAUGAACAAGCCCUGCUUGGACUAAACCCAAAUGCCAAUGCUGACUUCAGAGAGCGAGCAUUGGCCUAUUUUGAACAACUGAAAGUAUCACAAGAUGCAUGGCAGGUCUGUGCUGAAGCUUUAGCCCAACGUAUAUAUAGUGAUGAUCACGUCAAGUUCUUCUGCUUUCAAGUUCUGGAACACCAAAUCAAGUUCAAGUAUGCUGAGUUGACAGCACACCAGCAACAACUAAUAAGGGAAACGCUAAUCACUUGGCUUCAAGCUCAGGUAUAUAUUAAUAUGCUUAAUGCUCAACCAGAAAAAACCUUUAUCCGUAACAAAGCUGCACAAGUAUUUGCUAUAAUCUUUGUCAGAGACUAUCUGACAGCAUGGCCUAAGUUUUUCUUUGACGUUUUGUCCGUUGUGGGUCUCAACCCCCGAGGCGUUGACUUGUAUCUCAGAAUUCUAAUGGCUGUUGACGCAGAGGUAGUUGAUCGGGAUAUAAUUCAUACACCAGAGGAAGCUCGCAGGAAUACAUUACUAAAGGACACAAUGCGUGAACGGUGUAUCCCAAAUUUGGUAGAAUCAUGGUACCAAAUUUUACAGACUUAUCAGCACACGAACUCUGAACUGACAUGCCAGUGCCUUGAAGUGAUUGGAGCCUAUGUUUCCUGGAUAGAUCUAACAUUGAUUGCUAAUGAUAGAUUUAUUAACAUGCUGCUAGGUCACAUGUCGGUUGAGGUUCUGCGUGAGGAAGCAUGUGAUUGCUUGUAUGAAAUUGUAAAUAAGGGAAUGGAUCCAAUUGAUAAAACCAAAUUGGUGGAGUCCUUAUGUCAAGUGUUACAGUCUGCUGGAUUCUUCAGCAUUAAUCAGGAGGAAGAUGUGGAUUUUCUGGCUAGGUUCUCAAAGCUCGUCAAUGGAAUGGGCCAAUCUCUGAUUGUAAGCUGGACCAAGUUGGUGAAGUCUGGAGACAUGAAGAGCGCUCAAGACACUCUGCAGUCUAUAGAAUCCAAAGUGCCUCUGAUGUUGCAGUUGCUCAUCCACGAAGAUGACGAUAUUUCUUCCAAUAUCAUUGGAUUCUGUUACGAGUAUUUGCACAUAUUGAAACAGUUAGUGUUACUUUCUGACCAACAAAAGACUAAUGUUGAGGCAAUAAUGCUGGCGGUUAUGAAGAAAUUAACUUAUGAUGAAGAGUAUAACUUUGACAAUGAGGGUGAAGAUGAAGCAAUGUUUGUGGAAUACAGGAAACAGCUGAAACUAUUACUUGAUCGUCUUGCUCAAGUAUCACCAGAGUUAUUAUUGGCUUCUGUCCGAAGAGUUUUUAAUGGUACACUACUAAACUGGCAGAGUGCUCCUUUUAUGGAAGUAGAAGUUGCGAUUAGGCUGCUGUAUAUGUUGGCCGAAGCUAUCCCAGCAUCCCAUGGAGCCCAUUUUUGUGGUGAUGUUGCCAAAGCAAGUGCCCUUCAGGAUAUGAUGAGAACGCUGGUGACCUCAGGUGUGAGUGUCUACAAUCACACAUCUGUUACAUUAGAAUUUUUUGAAACUGUUGUAAGAUAUGAAAAAUUCUUCACGGUUGAACCCAUCCACAUUCCUAAUGUUCUGAUGGCGUUUUUGGAUCACAGAGGCCUGCGUCAUUCUAGUGCUAAAGUUCGUAGUAGAACAGCUUACCUCUUUUCAAGAUUUGUGAAGUCUCUUCAUAAACACAUGAAUGCCUUUGUGGAAGAUAUCUUAACUAGGAUUCAAGAUCUCCUUGAACUCUCACCACCAGAAAAUGGUUUCCAGACAUUGCUAAGCAGUGAUGAUCAGCUCUUCAUAUAUGAGACUGCAGGUGUGCUCAUAGUAAAUAGUGAUUAUCCUGCUGAGCGAAAAAGUAUUCUCAUGAGGAAUCUUCUUAAUCCAUUAAUGGAAAAGUUCAAAAUUCUUCUGGAAAAGCUAGUAGUAGAGCAAGAUGAGGAGAGACAGACAGUCCUGGCAGACUGCCUUAAUCAUGCUGUAGGAUUUGCCAGCCGUACAAGUAAAGCUUUCAGCAAUAAGCAGACUGUAAAGCAGUGUGGCUGCUCUGGAGUUUAUUUGGACUGUUUACAAAGUUUUCUGCCUGCUUUGAGUUGUCCUGUUCAAAAGGAACUCCUCAGAGGAGGUGUCCGCACCUUUCUGCACCGUAUGAUCAUCUGCUUAGAGGAAGAAGUGCUUCCUUUUAUCCCUACAGCUUCAGAGCAUAUGUUAAAAGACUGUGAAGCAAAAGACCUGCAAGAAUUCAUUCCUUUAAUUAACCAAAUUACUGCUAAGUUCAAGGCACAAGUGUCACCAUUUCUCCAACAAGUCUUUAUGCCGCUACUUCAUGCCAUAUUUGAGGUGCUAGUCCGCCCAUCUGAGGAGAACGACCAGUCUGCUGCACUUGAUAAGCAAAUGUUACGUAGAAGCUAUUUUGCCUUUCUGCAAACAGUCACUGGAAGUGGGAUGAAUGAAGUUAUAGCCAACCAGGGUGCUGAGAAUGUGGAGCGUGUUUUAUUUACAGUCAUUCAAGGGGCUGUAGAAUACCCAGAUCCUAUUGCUCAGAAAACCUGCUUCAUCAUCCUUUCCAAGCUUGUGGAACUUUGGGGUGGCAAAGACGGCCUGGUUGGCUUUGCAGAUUUUGUCUACAAACACAUUGUCCCUGCUUGCUUCCUUGCCCCAUUGAAACCUACAUUUGACCUUGCGGAUGCCCAAACGAUUUUGGCCUUGUCGGAAUGCGCUGUUACGAUGAAAACCAUAUAUCUAAAAAGGGGUCCAGAAUGUAUUCAAUAUCUGCAGCAAGAAUAUCUGCCUUCUUUGCAAGUAGCUCCAGAAAUUAUCCAGGAAUUUUGUCAAGCACUUCAACAACCAGAUGCUAAAGUAUUUAAGAAUUAUCUAAAGGUUUUUUUUCAACGAGCGAAACCCUAAGGAAUAUACUGGAAUUGUCAUGCGCCUGAUGUCCUACUCAGGAACUCCAGUUAUUAAUUUAUGUAGAUUGCUAAUUUUGUACAUGCCUAUAAACUGGUGUUCUAUACAGAAGUCGCUUCCUAUCCUAUACCAGUCAAUGAAUGCUCAUAGAGCUACAGACACAUCUUAUCCAUGGUGGAAACCAGCUUCAGUGGGGAGCAUACAAUCAAACAUUAACUUUUUUUCAUGUUUUCAAGUUUACGCCAAUGAGAGUAAGGUUGUGUUAGCACUUGCUUUUUUUCUCCAGUAUUUUUUUGUUCUCUAACUGAUCUAUACCAUUUUUAAUGAAACUGAUGUUUGUCAUCAGUUUGUCAGUGUUUUAUUAUUUCUUUCAGUAUUUUGUCAUUCCUUAACCAUAUUGAUAGACAAUAAACAGUGUAUAUUCGUGUGUGUACACACACAUAUAUCUGACACAUACACACUUGCAUAUUCUUACUUUAAGGGCCUAGUCACACUACAAAUUUUUGAAGUGGAAUUCCACUUAUAGAAUACAGUGCAACAGCCUCCCAUUGUUCCCAGUAGGAUUUUUCUGCGCCAUUCACACUACGGAAUUUCCGCAAUGGAUGUUCUGCCGCAGAAUCUGCUCUGAAAUACAUUGACUUCCAUUAAGACUUCGAAUUUCUGAGGGGUCCUAGCGCCAGCUUGUUUUGUUAGCACUGGCUCCAACCGGAAUCUUUACCCAGAAUAUCUCCAGACUUAGAUUUUGGUAGUGUCCUAAGGCACAUCAUCGAGCAAAACACAGCAGAAAAACCGAAAAAAAUAACACAAUAUACAGUUUUUAUGUUGCACAUAACUUAGUAGGAUCCAUCAACUGAUCCAUUAUUUGUUUCGCUUUAUUUUAAUUUUUUUUUUUUUUUUUUUUUUGGCUCUUUAUUACUGCUAAAUAAAGCAAGUGUGAACUUAGCCUGACAUAGUCAAUGUAAUAUUUUGAAAAUUGAAAAUAGCUAAAAAACAGUCAGGAGAAUCACUGUAAAUUUUUAUUUUUUAAUUUCUCCAAAUGAAGGUGUUAAUUUUACAUGUUUUGCUCUCCUGAUGUGUAUUGUGGAGUAAUAAAGAAAAAAUAGUGAACUUUGUAGAUAGCUUAAAUAAUUUUUUUAACGGACACUGAACCCCUUAAUCUAUUUGUCAGUGGAUAGGCUGACACAAUACGUCUAAUAUGACCUGAGUGAGCUCGCAGAGGAAACAAAUAAAUGCAGUCCACAACAGUAUUUAUGAAUUAGAUUAGAGAAGAGAUGGAGAAGUUUCAAUAUUAAAUGCAUUGCUUCUUGGAAUGUCAGAAUUUAUAGGAGCUGAAUCUAUAAACUUUUUAUAAAAGGAAACACAAUAAAUUUUAUGUAGUCAAAC